GAAGUUGUAGUUGAAAUUUCUCAAAGGGGUCAUUAGCUUCUCCAUCAAUUUUCCUGGAACAAGGUUUCAUACGGCAAUGAAAGCUGCAGAUGAAAUAAAGAAAGAAAUCAAAUUGAUUAUGAAGAAAAGGAAAGUGGAUUUGGAAGAAAAGAAAGCUUCACCUACACAAGACCUUCUAUCACACUUACUUGUUACACCUGACACAAGUGGAAGGUUUAUGAGUGAAGUGGAGAUUCUUGAUAACAUGUUACUACUUCUUUUCGCCGGCCAUGACACUUCCAGAUUAGUAAUCUCAUUGAUCAUGAAGUAUCUCGGAAAUUUGCCUGAUGUUUAUGAACAAGUGUUGAAAGAACAACUUGAAAUUAGCCAAGGGAAAGAGGAAGGAGAGUUAUUACAAUGGGAGGAUGUUCAAAAAAUGAAAUACUCUUGGAAUGUUGCAUCUGAAGUUUUGAGGCUGUCGCCACCCGUCGGCGGCGCUUAUAGAAAUGCUAUGAAGGAUUUGACCUAUGCUGAUUAUAACAUCCCUAUUGAUUGGAAGUUGCAUUGGAACACUCAUACGACACACAUGGAUCCAACACUGUUUACAAAUCCUGAAAAAUUUGAUGCAUCAAGAUUUGAAGGAGAAGGACCAGUACCUUAUUCAUAUGUUCCAUUUGGAGGAGGACCUAGAAUGUGUUUGGGACAAGAGUUUGCUCGGCUAGAGAUACUUGUGUUUAUGCAUAAUAUUGUGAAACGUUUCAAGUGGGAUUUAGUUAAUCCUGAUGAGAAUUUCAAGUAUGAUCCUAUGCUAGAACCUGAAAAAGGACUUCCAAUUCAACUUCAUCCUUCCAAUUACACAUCAUAGUAUAUUGAUAAGAAGCUUUAUUUAUGAAGCUUUCAUCUUAUAGUAGUAAACUGUAAGGUUUGAAUGUUAUUUCAUAUUUUUGAUGUAUAACCAAAUUCUACAACCAUAGAAGCAUCCAAUUACCUGUUUUGAGCAUGAAAUGA